CUGGAAGAGGUCGAGGUAUGAAGAGACCAGUUGACGGCAGUUCCAAGUCUAAAGCUUCAAAUUCCGAAAACGAGAAGCUCCUCGAGACUAUGAGACAUCACCUCACAGACACCGGACUCGAAAGCCUCCACGCGCUGGCCGCCACAGCUGUCGUGCUGAACACUCCCUCAGCUAAUCCCGAGACUCUCGCGCACGCUCUGACCUCGCAUACAUUGACCUCACAAACCUUGACCAACAACCUCGCACAUAUACGCACCCUGCAGGCCUAUUUACAGAAACAACAUACUCUGCUUCGUGAGCAACUGCACUCUAUCCAGACCGACCCUGCGUUCGCCACACCCCAGAAUAUCCAACGCCAGACAACAGAACAGAUUCGCCAAACAAAACACUUGCGGACGAAGAUUCGUGAACAUGAGGAUAGGCUGUCGGCGCUUCAGAGCUCGGGUAGAGCGGCGGCAACGCCUGCGUCGAAGAAUGUGAGCUCUGCAGAAGCGAUUGCCGAUAUGCUGGAGCAACAGAGCGUGUUGGAUAAGUUCAAGGAUAAAGUGGAAGCAUUGGAGAAGGAAGUUGGUGUGUACAAAGGGCUGCCUGCGGAUAAGGAAUCGGCGAGAAGAGAGGUAGCAAGGCUGGAAGUAGAGCUUGACCUGGUGAGGAGGAAGCGAGAUGAUCUCUUUGCAAACUUGGUGAGCUGA